AUGAUACUGCGUGACUACCCAACGGACCCUAUCAAAACCCUCAUUGACUCCGGCGCCACCUCCAAUUUUAUAUCCCCCACUCUAGUAGAAAAACUGAAAAUCCCAAAAACCCUACUUGAAAAUCCACGGGUAGUGAGGAUGUUAGAUGGUACCAUAUCUCAGACUGGUCGCAUAUGGCACCAGGUUCAACUUGCGGUCUCGGCCAAUGGCCAUCUCCACCACAUUCCCUUCCUUGUUUGCCCCAUAGGCAACACCCCGGCUAUCCUUGGCAUGACCUGGCUCACAUCAGAAUCCCCCCUAAUCAACUGGCAACAGGGGCUUGUCACAUUCCCAGAACAAGUUCAAAUUGCCUCUGAGGAAGAAGCGGAUCCUGACCCCUUGGCAGACCUCCCUACCCAAUACCAUGAGUUUGCGAGAGUAUUUGGCGAAGAAGAAUUUAAGGUCCUUCCCCCCCACAGGGAAUAUGACAUUUCCAUUGACCUACUUCCUGACGCCAAACUCUCACCCGGACCUAUUUAUGGCAUGACCAAUGCAGAAUCCAGGGCGCUGAAACAACACAUUGACAAGGAGCUAGCAACGGGCAAGAUCCGUCCUAGUACCUCCUCAGCAGGCGCUCCGGUCAUGUUUGUAAAAAAGGCAGAUGGCUCCCUCAGACUGGUUGUUGAUUAUAGGAAGUUGAACAAGGUCACUCAUAAAAACGUCUACCCUCUCCCUAGGCAAGAUGACCUUAUGGCCAAACUAAGGAACGCAAAACUCUUCACCAAGUUGGAUCUUUGUUGGGGUUAUAACAACGUCAGAAUUAAAGAAGGCAAUGAGUGGAAGACGGCCUUUAGGACCAAGUAUGGGCUAUUUGAAUACCUAGUCAUGCCCUUUGGCCUCACCAACGCCCCGGCCGCCUUCCAACAUUUCAUGAAUGACUUGUUCAGGGACCUCAUUGACGUCACAGUGGUAAUCUACUUGGAUGAUAUCCUCAUCUUCUCAGAGAACCCCGAGAAGCACCCGGAACACGUUAGGGAAGUCCUAUUGAGGCUAAUGAAAAACCAGUUGUUUUGCAAGCUCUCUAAAUGUCACUUCCACGUCACUACAGUCGACUACCUUGGCAUUGUCAUAUCCCCGACAGGUUUCUCCAUGGACCAGAAGAAGAUUGAGGCAGUUACAUCAUGGCCCCAACCUAAAACAGUCAAACAGGUGCAGGCCUUCCUGGGAUUUGUGAACUACCUCUGCCAAUUCAUCCCCCACUUCAGUUCCGUAGCUUGCCCCCUUCACAAUCUCACAAAAAAGGAAACCCCAUGGUCCUGGGGAACCCAAGAAGAGGAAGCCUUCCAGGAGUUGAAGUCCCUAGUCACCCGCUCCCUGGUCUUAAUUCAUUCAAACCCAGAUCUCCCCUAUUACCUAGAAACAGAUGCGUCAGGUGUAGCCAUGGGAGCCAUCCUGAGCCAACGAGGGGAAGAUAACCGCCUUCAUCCAAUUGCCUACAUGUCCAAGUCAUUCUCAGGGGCAGAAGCCAAUUAUGACACCCACGAUAAGGAACUCCUGGCAAUAAUUAAGGCACUGGAAGAAUGGCGGAUAUUCUUAGAAGCCACAGACAAGGCAAUCCAGGUCUUCACAGAUCACAGGAACCUGGAAUACUGGAUGCAGGCCAGGACGUUCAACCAAAGGCACGCCAGAUGGCGCAUAUUCCUGAGUGAUUUCAAUUUUGAGAUCCAUUAUCGCCCAGGAAAGCAAUCGGGGAAACCAGACGCCCUAUCAAGGAGGGCGGACUACGUAGAAUCCACCCAGGACCCAGAGGUUAUGCUACCGGCCAAGGUCUUUGCCAAUACGUCCGAAGAGGAGCUGGAAAUAGUCACGGAAAUCCGUUCCAGACUAAAAGAGGACCCAUCAAUUGAGCCAAUCAUUCAAUUCCUAACAGAGGAUGCGGAAAAUGCACCUCUGUCUAUCCAAAAGGCUUACCAAGAUUACGAUUGGGAGGAAAACCUUCUCUGGUAUCAAGGAAAAUUAGUGGUCCCUGACUCUGAAGCCCUGAAAGAGCAAUUACUGAGGGAAUUCCACAACUCCCCCCUAGCAGGUCACCCAGGCCAGCAAAGGACCCUAGAGCUCUUGAGCCGCAACUACUGGUGGCCGGGAAUGAAGUCAUCCGCCAAGGAAUGGGUGGAAUGCUGCCCCACUUGUCAAGCCAAUCGUCGCGCCCAUAAUCCGGUCAUAGCCCUAAAACCCUUAGAAGUUCCCCCCUUUCCAUUUCACACCAUCUCCUAUGACUUCAUCACGGGUUUUCCCAAGUCAGAAGGACAUGAUGCAAUCCUGGUAGUUAUUGACUCGUUCUCCAAGUUAGGCCACUUCAUCCCUACCUCAAAAAAGGUUUCAGCAAAAGGGUUGGCUGAUCUCUUUGUCUCCCACAUUUGGAAACUUCAUGGGCUCCCCGUCAAAACUAUAUCAGAUCGAGGAACUACAUUCACAGGGAAAUUCCUUAGGGCUCUCUACCAACAACAAUUAGGAAUUAAACCUUCCUUCUCCUCGGCCUAUCACCCUGAAUCAGACGGCCAGACGGAACGUGUCAACCAAUUUAUCGAGUUCUACCUAAGGUCUUAUGUAGCAGCGGAUCAUUCAGAUUGGGUUAAGUGGUUACCACUUGCGGAGUAUGCCUAUAACAACGCCAAGCACUCAGCUACUGGAAAAACCCCAUUCGAAUUAAUUUAUGGCAGAAACCCAAUCAUGAAUCUGUCAAACAUCCCUGCAAACGUCCCAGAAGCAGACCUCGUGGCAGACACCCUGGCCAGGGAAUGGAAGGAAGCCGAAGCAGCCCUCAGGAUGAGCAAAGAACGGAUGACAAAGGAUAAAGGAACAGUCCCGGAAUACUCAAUAGGAGAAAAAGUCUGGCUAGAUGGAAAAAACGUAGAACUUAGGACAAAUUCCAACAAGUUAGACCCCAAGCAACUAGGUCCCUUUGAGGUAUUAGAGAAGGUAUCCAGUCACGAGUACCGCCUCAAACUACCGGAAACCCUUAAAAUCCACAACGUAUUCUAUGUGGGUUUGUUAUCCAGAGUACACAUAUCCCCAAGUCAACCAUUUCCAGAAAGACCCCCUCCUGAAACAAUAGAAGGGGAAGAAGAGUAUGAGGUGGAAAAAAUCAUCGACUCCAAAAGACAACAGGGGAAAUGGUUCUACCUAAUCAAAUGGAAGGGUUAUGGCCCGGAAGACAAUUCCUGGGAACCGGAAGAACUCCUAGAGCACAGCCAAGAGGAAAUCCAACAAUUCAACAAGUCACGACUGAAAAAGGCUCGUGACUCCGCCAAGAGCCUUUAA